AUGGCGACGAGCAGCACCCGCACCGUGGCCACGGCCGUACGGCACCUGAUUGCGCCCCGCGCACCCGCCCUCGCACGCCGCCCGCUCCAGCGUCGCUGCCUGUCCACCCCAACCGCGCCCUGGGAGGCAGCGCCCACGGAGGCAGCGCCCACGGACACAGCGCCCACAGCUACAGCGCCCACGCCCACGCUCACGCCCACGCCCACGCCGACCCCCGUCGACCCCCCCUCCCCCUACGAACAGCUGCUGCGCGCACAGUACCAGAGCGGCGUCGGCCUCGUCGACCCCCAGCGCCCCGAGCCCUCGUCCGCACCGCCCGCCCUCGCCAACGUCGCCGAGCAGUACCACGCCUACCGGCAGCAGACCAGGCAGCUGGGCCCCCUCGGCGCCGACAUCAGCCCUCACUACCAGCCCCACUCGCUCCUCACAAACCCCCCCGCCCCGGCCGACGUCACCCUCGAGCUGCUGCUGGCCUCGGAAGCCCACCAGGGCCAUGCCACCUCGCUGUGGAACCCCGCAAACGCCCGCUACAUCCACGGCAUCCGCCACGGCAUCCACGUCAUCUCGCUCGACGCCACCGCCGCCCACCUGCGCCGCGCCGCAAAGGUCGUCCACGAGGUCGCCUACCGCGCCGGCAUGGUCCUGUUCGUCGGCACCCGCCACGGCCAGGACCGCGCCGUCUCGCGCGCCGCCGAGCUGGCCAAGGGCUACCACCUGUUCGAGCGCUGGAUCCCCGGCAGCAUCACAAACGGCAAGCAGAUCCUCGGCCGCUGCCGCACAAAGGUCGUCAACCAGCUCGACGCACACGCCCCUGGCUACGAAGAACAGCUCUACGACCGCCCCGUCCUGCGCCCCGACCUCGUCGUCUGCCUGAACCCCCUCGAGAACUACGUCCUGCUGCACGAGUGCGCCCUCAACAACAUCCCCACCAUCGGUGUCAUCGACACCAACGCCGACCCCACCUGGGUCACCUACCCCAUCCCCGCCAACGACGACAGUCUCCGCUGCAUCCAGGUCAUUGCCGGCGUCCUGGGCCGCGCCGGCGAAGCAGGCCAGAAGCGCCGUCUCGCCGCCGCCGCCCGGGGCCACGUCACCUACCGCCCAGUCGAAGGCCUCAUCGCCCCGGACAAAGACGAGAGAGAAGCCCAGGCCGCCAGGGGGGAGGAGGGCAGACGGCCCGACGCCGCGAGCUCGCCCGAGACCGUCAGCGAGUCUGAAGUCGACGCCGAUGCAGACUUGGCUCGCCGCCUCGACGAGGUCGACAGUCGCGAGCACCACCGCCAGAAGGCCGGCCGGAGCAUCAACUUCUCCGAGUAG